AUGCAGGAAUUGGCUGAGGCCCAGUUUUACCUUCGCUACGAAAUCCCGGUGAAUGGCCUGGCCAUAGGACAGAGUGUAGAGGUGGUCUAUAAGAACCCAAACUCUGGUGUGGUAGCAGUCUACUUUGUGACAGACACUGGCGCCGUUUCUCUGCACGUUAACCCUCGCUACAACUGGGGAGGAAAUGUCAAUUUCCUCUACCUCAACACUUUCUUCAGUGGAAGGUGGCAGCAUUACCAAACGGCCCCCGGCUUCCCCUUCCCAGCUAAUGGAGUAUCCACAACAGUGUCUCUUCGUAUAACCGUUCAGCAGAAUUCCUUUCUCAUACUGGCCAACGAUAUCCCAAUAACAAAGUUCGCAUUUCGUCAUUCGCUGAGUCCAAAAAGCAUCAGAAAAAUCCAGUGGACAGUUUUGGACAACACAGCUACCAGGAAGGCUGUUCUGGAGACACUGGCACUCCAUUUCUAA